GCCACGUACGGCUCCGUGCUCCGACGGUUAUCCCACGUUCUGCUCGUCAACCGCGGACUGCUUUUAUCAGAUAACCGUUGCGUCAUUAACGACACAUCAGCUAUUUGAAGUACUUAGAAUUAAUUUUUUUUUCUGUUUUUUUUUUUUUUUCUCUUUCCGACAGAGGUGCGGAGGAUAAGGGUUUUGAAUGAAGGUUCCCCGCUGGGACUGUAAAGCGGGAGGAGGGGGCAGCUUGUGGGGUCGUCGUCCAGGCUAUCGGAACUGGGAUCUGCUCACAUUUAUAACCAGACAGACGGAGGCUUGUUCGGGGCAGAGCUGAGCUGGACGGACGGCCACUUUCACCGAGGAGGACGCGGAGUUUUAAACUUCUAUUCGUUUGCCCCGGACGAUUUAAGGGACUGAAAAGUUGGAAAGAACAGAGACAAGUUUCAUUCUGGGUUUUGAACCUUGUCUCCUGUCAAGACUACGAGCCGCUGGACUGUAAGCUAAUAGUUCCCUCUGAAAGUAAAGUUAUCACUCUUUUACAGACUACUGUGAUUUAGCUAGGCUUUAGCCUUCACAUACAAUUGCUUGUAACGUAACUUUAUUGACGCAGACUCACAAAGUAUCUUCAAAAUGGAUAAAUACGAGGAUUUAGGACUAGAGGCGAGUAAGUUUAUCGAGGACCUAAACAUGUAUGAAGCAUCCAGAGACGGUUUAUUUCGAAUGAGAAGGGACGCAGGAAAUAACCCCGACUUUGAAGAGACACGAAGAGUUUUUGCCUCUAAAAUGACUAAAAUCCACAUGCAGAAACAGCAAGAUGAGAUGGCAAAAAACAACCAGGCCUUUAAAAUGAAUGGGGGUCACAACAGCACAUAUUACACCAAAGACAGACCGCCCAUCAAUAGUUACAGACAGCCGGGUGAAGCGGCAGCGAAGCCCCCGAUACUCUCUGGACCUGUGCCGGGCACAACGGCCGGGAGUCCGUACGCACAGUUUGACGGCCAGAAAAACCACACAGGCAUUCAGUCUGAACUUCCAGCCGGCAGGGCAUAUAGCUACGGAAACAGUUACGAUAAUAAGGAGCGCUUAGAGCCACAUUCAUACCAGCACAACACCCCUAAUCCCCCCAGCCCAGGAAACGCGUCUCAUAGCGCGCCCACACAUGCUGGUCACCCGGUCAGCCAGCCGGCCGCUUGGGCCCCAUCCAGAGAGAGCCAGCUUGCCCCGUCUUUGUCUGGGUCUGGGAGCAGCAGUGCAUCUGAGCAGCAGCCCCAGCGCCUGUCUGCACCUCCCACCGUCAUCAGUCUUCCAUCCCAACAGAAUCAGGCUGUCACCCCUCCUGUAAACCAGAGUCCACCCUCCUCUGCUGGGCAAGCCAGGGGAUGGGCUGGCGAGCCAUCUGGAUCAUCGAAACCAGACCUGAUCCCUGCCCUGCCUCUGAGUGCCUUCACCGGAGGAGCAGAUUUCCAUGUGCAGCAGCCCUCCAUACAGCCUGCAGCCCAUUAUGCACCACCUUCUCCAACUUCAAGACCCUCUUUUAGCCAUCAUGGUGCUGUGGCAGCUUCCCCUAUCCUACCUGCACCUUCUGAGACACCUCAACCCAAAGCCCAGGUGGCAUCAACUGCCUUGAGCCAUGGCAAUAUCUCCAAAAGCAGCAGCCAGGGUCAAGGUCAGAGCCAAAUACCUUGCUAUGGACAGGCUGCCAGUGCUGAGGCUGACGUCCCAUGUUCUCACAAGCCUGUCCAGUUACACUGCCAGUCUUUCCUCAUGCAACUCCCUGAACAGGGGCCUUCAGCUGCUGAAAUAAAAUUAGAAGCUCUCACUAAACGGCUGGAAAAAGAGAUGGAUGCCCAACCAAAGGCAGACUACUUUGGAGUCUGUGUUAAGUGUAACAAGGCAGUGUAUGGAGCCAACCAGGCCUGCCAGGCUAUGGGUAGCCUCUACCAUGACAGCUGCUUCACCUGCAGCGCCUGUAGUCGAAGGCUGAGAGGGAAGGCUUUCUACUAUGUCGGAGGGAAGGUUUUCUGUGAAGAGGACUUUCUGUACUCUGGUUUCCAGCAGUCUGCGGACAAGUGCAACGCAUGUGGACAUCUGAUUAUGGACAUGAUCCUGCAGGCCCUCGGGAAGUCCUACCACCCCGGCUGUUUCCGUUGUGUCGUCUGUAAUGAGAGCCUUGAUGGAGUGCCCUUCACUGUGGACACUGAAAAUAAGAUCUACUGUGUCAAAGACUACCACAGGGUCCUGGCCCCUAAAUGUGCAGCCUGUAACCAGCCCAUCCUGCCGUCAGAGGGGUCUGAUGAAACCAUUCGAGUUGUAUCUAUGGACAAAGACUAUCAUGUGGAAUGCUAUCACUGUGAGGACUGUAAGAUGGAGCUGAACGACGAGGAGGGUCACCGUUGCUACCCUCUGAACGGCCACCUUCUCUGCCACUGCUGCCACCUGAAGCACAUCGAGCCUGGCUGCUCCUCUCCCAUCACCGCUUCCUCCUACUAGCACUGCUGUGGCUGAAGAGAGACACCUGGUGGAUUCAAGAUGGAACUGCCAAAGAGUGACUUGAACUGCAGGGGUGGAUAUGAACAAUUCUUGUUGUAGAGGAUUGAUUGAUUUACUUCCUCAAAUCAUACUGUGGUUUGAUGUGUAUUUUGACAGGAAUGUUAAUGAAGUCUCCCUUAAGCAGAACCUAAAAAGGUUGUGACUCAUUAAUGAAUUAUUGUAAUAAACCAAAGCCCUACUUUGAAUGAGGUGAAGCAUUAUGCUGUACCUGCUACAUACUGACUUAGCAGAAGUGCUGAAAUAUUAUUAUAUUUUUAUGUAAAUAUCGGUUGCAUCGGCUGCUUAAUUAUCUUAUAGUCAAUUUGUUUUAGAUACUGUGUGCCUUCAACUUCACGUUCACACUUGUGCUGUGAAAUUACAGGUCAAAAUUGAUCCGUAAAUCCUCUGUCCAAAGGAUCACUAAUGAUGAUCAUUUAAAAAAUGAUGUGUAGGUCAACUCCACACAAAUCACAGGUUCAUAAUGUUUCAGCCAGAUAGAAAGGAUAAUCUGCUGUUCAUUCAGAUGUUUCAAAAUGAUGGUUCAGUCAUAUGACACUCUGCAUCAUGUAAUCAGUAAAGGCUUUUGUUUGUUGUCGACAACAGUUUCUACAUGCAAUAAUAACAGAUAUUACAACUCUAUACAAAGUGUUCGUUUUCUUCUCAUAGGGGUUACCAGUGGCCGUGUUGGGGGAUUAGAUAAAGUAGACAUUCUGUGAAAGGCAUCAGUAUGUUGACCUGCACAUAGAGCCAACAUUGUUGUUCAUUUUCCAUAUGCAAAUACUGGUAUGCAAUAAAUUAAUAAAUUAUAUCUAAUGAUAACUUUUGAACACAACCGUUUCAGAGAAAUGUUAAACAAUAUCAUUAUCCUCGUGGUUGCUAUGCCUUUUUAUAAACUCAAACUCAACACAUUUUUAUGACUUUUCCUUUUUCUUGAGUCUGAGCAAGGAUGCUGAGGACAGCCAGGUUAUACUGUUCUGUAGUGAAAAAACAGCCAUUAUUUGUCACUUGCAGCCUGUUCUAAGCACUUAGAGAUAGAUUUGUGAGUUUUCUGUGCAAAUAUGAAGAGGUUGGUAUUAGACCUUUAGAUCUAUGUAUUUUCUUACAUUUGCAACCAUUGUACAUUUUAAAAAAGAUAUAUAUUAUAGGUCUAUAUUCAUUUAUUUUAGUUUAAUUUUGACUUUUGUGCAAAACCCCUUCAAAACUAAUUUGAUUUGCAGUGGGAAGUACAGUUUUGAUUUUCUACUUUUGCCAUCCAAAUGUUACUCAAGUCUUCAGUUUACUAACUUAAUACUUACUUUGUUUGUCAUUUGAGGUCCUUAUUUCAUAGCCAAUUGAAAAUGAGAUGAAGAGCAAACAUAUACAUAUGUGCUGUUUGAUUAUUGUAAAGAAAAUAUUUAAUAAAUGCAUUGCAAUAGAACAACUUUCGUUU